UGGAGGGAGGAGGGAAAGGUUACCUAGCAAUCUGGAGAAGCCGCGAGGUCCCGCCGAGCGGUCGACAAGUGUAUUCCCAGAGCCCGAGGAACCCAAGCUGACGGAUCCUGGUCUGAGGCGAUUCCUAGUCGAACCCCUGACACCCAGGGGCCCUAGGCCCCAACCCAAUCAUGACGUCUCUUCUGUGCUGGGCGGCCUCUGCCAACGCCAUGCCUUCUCAAGACCAGGUUUCAACCCACUCCAAAGUAAGGGGCAGUCAGGCUCAAGCCAAGCCCCACCACCCCGGAGGCAAGGGCUCGGCGCAGGCCUGGCAUCCACUCUAUUCCAAGGCUGGACCCCUCCAUGCCACCGAGGGGAAGUCCACUGUGCGCAUGCAAGUGGCUGAGUUACAAAGGAAGAUACAACUGUUAGAGGGUGACCGGAAGGCCUUUUAUGAGAGCACCCAGUGGAACAUCAAGAAGAAUCAGGAGACCAUCCGCCACCUCCACGAGGAGAUCAGGGUGCUGCAACUGCAGCUGACGGACCUGCUCAAGGGAGAUGAGAAAGUUGUCCAGGCAGUGAUUCGGGAAUGGAAGUCAGAGAAGCCGUACCUGAAGAACAGGACAAGCCAGCAGGCCCUGGAACAUCUGGACCACCAGCUGAGUGAGAAGGUGAAGCAGCUGAACGCUCUUCGGCACCAGCUGGGGUUGCGGCAGAAGUGGCUGGAGGAGCUCCAGCUGCAGCACAGUCUGCGUGAGCUGGAGAUGGUAGAGAUGCAAGACAGCAACACAGAGGUGGCCAAGACCAUGCGCAACCUGGAGAACCGCCUGGAGAAGGCCCAGAUGAAGGCCGAGGAAGCGGAACACAUCACCAAUGUGUACCUGCAGCUCAAGGCCUAUCUACGGGAGGAGAGCCUUCACUUGGAGAACCGGCUGGACUUCAUGGAGGCUGAGGUGGUGAAGACAAAACACGAGCUGGAGGAACUGAACGUAGUGAAUCAGGAGGCGCUCAAUGCCAGGGACAUCGCUAAGAACCAGCUACAGUAUCUGGAAGAGACCGUGUUCCGAGAGCGCAAGGAGCGCGAACGCUACCUAACCGAGUGCAAGAAGCGCGCGGAGGAGAGGAAACUGCAGAACGAGCGCAUGGAGCGCAAGACCCAGCGUGAGCACGUGCUGCUGCAGUCUGACGAAACCAUCCAGGACAGCCUGCACUCCAAGGAGGAGGAGCUGCGGAAGUGCUGGAACCUGUACCAGAUGGAAGUGCUCUUCGGCAAGGUCAAGGACGUCACUGGCGUGGCGGAAACCCACGCCAUCGUGCGGCGGUUCCUGGCACAGGGCGACACCUUCACGCAGUUGGAGACACUCAAGAGCGAGAACGAGCAGACGCUGCUGAGGCUGAAGGAGGAGAAGCAGGGGCUGCAGCGGGAGCUCGAAGAUCUCAAGUACUCAGGGGAGGCCAAGCUGGUGAGCGAGCAGAAGCUGCAAGCCGAGUUGCGGGGGCGCCUCAAGGCGGAGGAGGAGCGGCGCGCAGACGCACAGGAUCGGCUGGAGCGCACCUUGCGGGCUAUACAAAUGACCAAGGAGGGCUUCGAGCAUCUGGCGAGCAAGCUGAGACACGUCACACUGGCAGGCCCCGCCCCCAAGGAAGCCCCGCCCAGAGCCCCACAGGAUGUGAAAGGCGGCGUCACCAUCCAGCCGCAGGAGGACGACCGCUACGCGGAAAAAGAGCUGGAUUCCAAGGCGGGUGACUAUCUGCCCAACCUGAUGAGCCUUGUGGAGGAAAAGCUAUUGAAGCUACAGGGACAACUCCAGGACCACGAUGUGCCAGCGAUGCUGCGCCACUUGGCCGAACGCGAGUUCUACUCCACCCUAGAGGGAAAGCUGCCGACGUACAACACCCGCAUCGCCCUGCCCCUUGCCAGUCCCAAGGACAAGUUCUUCGAUGAAGAGGAGAGUGAGGACGAAGACAACGACGUGGUGACCCGCAAGGCACUCAAGAUGCGUUCCCAGAAAUUAAUCGAAUCCCGCAACAAGAGGCGCGUUCGCUCGCAGAGGUCCUAGACUCGCUCUCGAGCUUACCUGGGGCUUCCAGGCCCCUGCAGAGCCCCCGACCCCUCUGGGCCCAACCGCGGGCCCCCGGGGCACCUUCAAGGACGGAAGGCAGCCCUGGCAAGGGAGCAGAGCGAGCAGGCAACGCCCGGAGUAGAGAAGGGGGCUGGGCUGCUGGACGUUCCCACAGUAAAAUCUCCCCAGGCUGGUCUCCGCCGGCCUCGGAAUCGCGCAAUAAAGGUCACCGACCAGCCCCCUGA